AUGUCCCUCCCCUUCUCUCUAUCAACUUCUACUCCAAAAAGAAAGACGUUUUUGGUUUCCUCCCCGACUUCAACCACAUCCUCUAAAUGGACGACGUCGUCGAAGACUCACGCUCUCCUGCCGCCUUUCAGGAUAACUCGCUCUCUGAAUUUGACUCGUGGGGGAAGUAGGUCUUUGGUUGUUUGUAUGGCUCCCGAAGAGGAGAGAAUGACUCGCCGUUCUCCCCUUGAUUUUCCUAUUGUAUUUAUUUCUCUCGGAUUUAAUGAACUAAAAAAAUUGCCAAAUGGUUUUAGAAGUGGCUUUGCCUUUGAAUUAUACGAUGCCGCGGAGACUGUUGUAGUCACAGGUGAUGAUUCUACUUCAUUUCUGGAUUUAGCAGCAGAAAGUGGUUUUAAAAGUACUGAUUUUACCUCAGAUUGCUCCACUUUGGCAACUUUUCCUUCAGAUUUAGUUGCUUUUACUUGA